AUGGAUUCUAUCGUGGAUCCUUUCACCGAUCCUAUAAUGGAUUCUAUCGUGGAUCCUUUCAUGGAUCCUUUCAUGGAUCCUUUCAUGGAUCCUUUCAUGCAUCCUUUCAUCGGUCCUUACAUAAAUCCUUUUAUGGAUCCUUUCAUAAAUCCUUUUAUGGAUCUUUUCAUGGAUUCUUUCAUGGAUCCUUUGAUGGAACCUUUCAUGGAUCCUUUCAUGGAUCCUUUCAUGGAUCCUUUCAUGGAUCCUUUCAUGGAUCCUUUCAUGGAUCCUUUCAUGGAUCCUAUCAUGAAUCCUUUCAUGGAUCCUUUCAUGGAUCCUUUCAUGAGUCCUUUCAUGGAUCCUUUCAUGAAUCCUUUCAUGGAUCCUUUUAUGGAUCCUUUCAUGAAUCCUUUCAUGGACCCUUUCAUGAAUCCUUUCACACAUCAACUUUCAAAAUUCAGGGAUUAA